GAAAAGUUAAUUAUAUUAAUAUAUAUAUUAGGAGGGCAGCUAGUACAAGAACCUAAGGUUUUAAGCGUUCGGCAUAGUAAUAUAGUAAAGGGCGGGCAUUAUAAUAUAUUUAUCGAGGACAGUAUAGUAGUAUUUAUAACGCGAUACUAUAAGGGUUAUAUAGUUAGUAGUAAUAUUAAGAUUAUCUAUUAA